AGUGGCGAGUAUUGAUUACUGGCAAAUAUCUGGAAAAAGAACAGAAAAAAUCUGAAAUUCGAUCUAAAGCUAGAAUCAGAAGAAUUCAAGAAAACAAAAAAAGUAAAGAGUAGAAACUUCGCGUCGUAGAUUGAAAUCCCACGAAACUCUCGCUUCUGUGUUUUCUCGAACUUUUGCCAUGAAUCUUCAAGCUGUUUCUUGUAGCUUCGGCUUCGUUUCUGUUCCACUUGUCUCUCCCAGAACUUCGUUUCGGCGAUUUGUAAUCCGAGCGAAAUCGGAACCAUCGGAGAAAUCGGUGGAGAUUAUGAGGAAAUUCUCCGAGCAAUAUGCUCGUCGCUCAGGGACUUACUUCUGUGUUGAUAAAGGAGUUACUUCAGUCGUGAUUAAGGGUUUGGCUGAGCAUAAAGAUUCACAUGGUGCACCGCUUUGCCCCUGCAGACAUUAUGAUGAUAAAGCUGCUGAGGUUGGACAGGGCUUUUGGAAUUGUCCGUGUGUUCCAAUGAGAGAGAGGAAGGAGUGCCAUUGUAUGCUGUUCUUGACUCCUGACAAUGAUUUCGCCGGGAAGGAUCAGACUAUUACAUCAGAGGAAAUCAAAGAAACCACAGCUAACAUGUGAGAACUGAUUCAGAGAGAAAUGUCUUACCAAUGCAGCCUUGUACAUUGAUACCCGAACAUCUUCUUCGUUCUUCUGUACAACUAUUUCUCUCUCAGAUAAAUAGUUUAGAUGAAUCUUGUUUUUGCAAGUUAAUACAUAAAUAUAAAAGGGACUGACUUUGUGCCGAAAUCUUCAAUAAUUUUUCAUGCGAUAUAUUUUU